GAGCAGGCCUUUGCCCAGGCCAUUCAAUUACCCCCUAUUGACACCCCAGUGGCUACUCUGGUCUCUUCUUCCCCGGUGGUGUCUGGUGAUGCGGCGGAUAAGUUGAAAUCUGAGGAUAAGUGGGCGGAGCUUACCUUAUGGAAGAAUUUCAAUGCCACUGCUUGGGCCAUAAAGUCCACGUCUGCGGCUUCAUAUUUUAAUCGCACUAUGGUCAUGUGGCUCCGUCAGCUCCAGGAUCGUAUCCCAAUCCAGGACGACCGAAUCCAUCAGGACCUAACUAAAAUUAUUGCGGCCUCGCAAUUUUCCGCAGAUGCAACCUUGGACACAAUUAAGUUUGCGUCCAGCGCCUUAGCCACCUCUGUCACGUCCCGCUGCCUUCUGUGGCUUCGUAAUUGGCAGAUGGAUAACAAGGCCAAGUGGAAUCUGGAGACUGCUCUUUUCAAGGGCCCCAAUCACUUUGGGGAGGCUCUCGACCCCAUUCUGGUCGAGAAUAAAGACAAGAAAAAGGUCCUUCCGUCCAACGCUAAAAAGCCCGAGGCUCGGUCUCAUCCUUAUUGUAGACAGUCUUAUAGGGCUCCUGACUUUGACCAUCAUCAGCGUUUCUCCUCUUUCAGGUCCGACAGACAGUUUUCUCGAUCGUCCUAUCAAGACCCGAAUAGAUUCCAGCAUCAGUCCCGGUGGCCCUUUCAAGGUGGCGGCGGUCGCCCCUACCGCAGGAGGAAGUGACUCGAACCUGAGUCGUCCCAUAGGCAGCUGCCUGUCCCUCUAUGCAGAUCAAGGGGACAAAAAUCACGUCAGACGCUUGGGUCAGGUCCACAGUUUGUCAGGGUCUCAGGUUAGAGUUUAUCUCCACCCCACCCCCCGAAUCUCUUCAGGUUGUUCCCUCUGUCUCAGAGCCUGGAGUGCCUCUGCCUGAUGGAUCAGGCUAUAGAACACCUUCUCGACAUUCAGGCGGUGGAGGUAGUGCCCCAUGUGGAACAGGGGCUGGGCCACUACUCCAACCUGUUUGUGGUCCCAAAGAGUUUGGGGGGCUGGAGGGCAAUUUUGGACCUCAAGCGCCUGAACCGCUUCUUGGUUUACAGGCAUUUCAGGAUGUCCUCCCUUAAAUCUAUCCUUCAGGGCAUCCAGAGGGGGGACUUCUUAGCAUCGGUAGACCUGACAGAGGCCUACCUUCAUAUUCCAAUUCUCCCAGCUCUUUG